AUGAAGCGAAAGCUGGAGAACUCGCCUGGCUCGUCUGUGGAAGCUCACCUGGCGGCGUGCAGCCCCUUUGAGCCCUUAUACGAGCCCGAGGAGAAGAUCCGGGUGCUGGUGGUGGAGAACUUCCCGGCCCUGGGCAAGGCGGCGGCCUGGCGCUUCGUAGAGUGGGCCCAGCAGAGCCCCGAGGGCGUGUGCUCCCUGCCCACCGGCAAGACCCCAGAGUACUUCAUCAAGUGGGUGCAGCGGAUCUUGCGGGACUGGGAGUCCGCGCCCAUCCAGGAAGAGGCCCGGAAGAUGGGGAUGAAGCCGGAAAAGCCCAAGCUGGACAAGCUGAGGUUCGUGCAGAUCGACGAGUUUUAUCCCAUCUCGCCACAGCAGCACAACAGCUUCCACUACUACGUGAAUGAGUACUACAUCAAAGGCUUCGGCCUGGACCCGGCCCGGGCCUUGCUGAUGGACUGCUCCAAGAUCGGCCUGGAAGCGGCCGCGGGCAAAGGCUUCGGGCCCACCGGGGAGCCGCAGGACGACCACUUGAAGGUGGAGCAUAUGGAGGACGUUUGGCCGGACGGCCACGUGGACCUCUCCCUGCGCACCAGGGACCCCAGCAGUCGCCUGGAACGCCUUCAGCAGCGAGUGCUGCGGCAGGCGACUCCCUGA